UUCGAGUACCCCAAUUACCCUCUCCGCCUUCUUGGUCAGUUCCAUCGCAUUCUGCCAUAAGGCUACCACUUUGGAUUCCACAGCCCUAAUUUGUGAACAAUUCCAAAUCACAAACCUUGAAAGCCAUUUUUCUUCGGAAUUAAUAUUGAAGAUAAGAAAGAAAAAAUGGGGAAAAAUCAAGCUUACAAAGCCAUGCAAAGAGCGCGGGUUGGCUCUAGCUCGGGCGGACCUGAAGAGGUCGAAGAUGGCAUGGUGGAUGGUUCAUUUCAUACACCAGAGUGGCAUGCUGCUCGUCUAGCAAGUCUCAAAACUUCUCACACCGUUACCUGGGAAGAAUUCAAAAGGAAGCAAAAGGAAGAAGAAAUCAAGAAGGGAGAGAUAGAAGCUGAUAAAGACAAGAUGAUGAAGGAAUACAGGGCUCAAUUGGAUGCUGAGAGGGCCAUGAAGCUUGCUAAAGGAAGCAACCACUCAAAGAGCAAACAUAGUCACAAGAAAGAAAAGAAGGAUAAAGGCUCAAAGAAACACCGGAGCAAUAAGAGAAAGAGAUCAUCAGAGCACAGAUCUUCAAGUUCUUCAUCAGAAUCAUCAGGUUCAAGCAGCGAUGAAGAAGAAGAAAGAGAAUCAAGAAGAAGCAAAUCAAAGUCGAAGCGAAAGAAGAAAGAUAAGAAACAUCGGUCAAGAUCAAGACAUGGAGGCAGUGAAGAGGCAGAAGGGCCGCUGCCACUGUCUAAAUUCUUCGGAAGUAUCAAAAGCUGAUGAUACUUUCCCAUGGAAGAUGGAACUCAUCUUUAGCUUCUUCUGCAAAACUAUUUGAUCUAAUCACAUGUCUGGGCUUUAGAUUGAUCUUCUGUACACUUAUAAUAUGUUGUGUUUACCAUUUCUACCCCAUGUGUUUUUAAAAUUCUCAAACUUUUACAGGAGCAGGCACAUAGGACAUUCAUUAUCUCUUUCUGCAAUGUAAACAUUGUGUAGUAAAUGUUGUUCCAUAUUUUCCUGGAUCUUAAAACUUUUCCAUGAUAUAAACAAUCUUAGAAUCUGAUACAAUUCAGGCAGUCUAAAGAUGAAUG